AUGAACAAACUUCGCAAUUUGUCCGUGCCCCUUUUGUACUCGCGGGGGCGUUCUCCUCCUAUUAAAACCAACAAUUCCCUAUCACUUCUUAGGUUAACUGUUGUUCCAAAAAGAUUCUCGACCGAGGAUGCAGCUAUAGUAUCUACCGACAAAUCAACUGAUGCCUUGGAACAGGCGACUAACCGAAGUCUUCCCUUUAAUAUUUUGGAACAAAUUAUAAGAAAAGAUUCCAAACAUACAGGAGGAAUCUUACACUCGGUAAAUCUCACAGAAGUUUCUUCUCAUUCAAAGACUAGUUUUUCUAAUUACACUGUAAAUAAGGCAUACAUUUUAAUGAUGAUGUGGUUUACGUUCGAACCUUAUUCCGCCUAUCAAAAACAUGAAAUUAAAGACGUUGCUGCGAUUAAAAUGAAUCAGAUGCAAAAACAAGCGGACAGGGAACUUACAAUAUCCACAAGCGUGGGAUCCUGGUUGAUCCUUUUUGUCAUGGGUAGAGAUUAG